AUGGGUCAAGCUCCUAAGAUGAUUGUUACCGACCAAGAUAGAGGUAUGAGAGCAGCUAUUCGUGAUGUUUUGGUGGAUACAAAGCAUAGAUGGUGCAUGUGGCACAUUAUGCUUAAACUUACCGACAAAAUUCCAAGGAGAUGUCUAGAAAAUGAAGAGUUGAAAAAAGAGAUCAGUGCUUGUGUGUGGUCUGAGGUACUAGAGCCGGAAGAGUUUGAAGAUUCAUGGAUGGGGAUAAUGGAGCGUUAUGAGCUUCUUCAUGUCGAGUGGUUUGUAACAAUGUUUGACGAUAGAGAGAUGUGGGUCCCUGCCUAUUUUAGAGACUUUCCCAUGGGGUCUCUUAUUAGGACGACGUCUGUUUCCGAGUCUGAGAAUAGCUUUUAUAAAACAUUCACCAGACCUCGCUCCAAUCUAGUUGAGUUCAUCAUGAAUUUUGAUCAUGCCUUGGCUGCACAGAGAAAUUCUAGCUCGAAGUUAGAUUAUAUGGAUUCAACUAUUAUACCACCGUUCUCCAGUCAGUUGGUAUUAGAAAAACAUGCUGCAACAAAGUACACUGAUCACAUGUUCAAGAGAGUGCAACGUGAGAUAGUGGACGCAUUGCACCAUUGUAGCACUGAUGGUUUGUUGAAAGAUGAUGUGUUAGAGAUCUCCACAAUAAAGGACAAGUAUAGUAAAUCUUGGGUUGUUACCUACACGACCAGUGAGGAUUCGUAUUCCUGUUCUUGCAAAUUGUUUGGGAGAGAGGGAAUUCUUUGUAGUCAUAUAUUUUUGGUUUUCAAGAACAGGUUUUUGAAGGUUAUACCUGAUAAGUACUUCCAUGUGAGGUGGUUGAAGACUGCCUUAGCUGAUGUUAUUCGUGGACCAGCUCGAUGUUUGACAGAUCCUGAACUUUUAUCAGAUCCAAACCAACUGUCAAAGAAUAAAGUUGCUGACAUAUUUUUCAGUUACAUGAAAAAAUUUGAUGCUGAUAGUGCCAUCAUUGAUUUGUUUUCAGUUGGAAUUGAUGAGCUUGGGAAGAGUCUUAUGACAAGAAUCCAUGAACCAUCUUUAGCAGACAAGGAUAAGCCAGUUAAAGAUUUCUAUUUUGCUGAAAAGCCAGCUGUGGUUAGAGUACAACCACCAUCAGUUGUGUCCACCAAAGGUUCGAAAAGUGAUUCCAAAAGCCGUUUGGUGUCCGCGAAGGAAAAGGCUAUAAAGUUGAACAGCAAACCAUUGCGUCAGUGUAAAAAAUGUGGCGAAUUUGGUCACCAUGACUCUAGGAACUGUGGUCGACAAAAGGGAAAAUAA